GGGAGACCAGAUAUAGUGAAUGCAGGUCCUGAAUGAUAUAAUGAAUGCAGGGUCCAGGGAGACCAGAUAUAGUGAAUGCAGGGUCCGGGGAGACCAGAUAUAGUGAAUGCAGGGUCCAGUGCUUUCCAGAUAUAGUGAAUGCUUUUCCGGGGAGACCAGAUAUAGUGAAUCCAGGGCCUUGGGCUUCAAUAUAGGAAUGCAGGGUUUUGGGAGACCAGAUAUAGUGAAUGCAGGGUCCUGGGAACUCCAUCUAUAAUGAAUGCAGGGUCCAGGGAGACCUUAGUGAAUGCAGGGUCCGGGGAGACCAAUAUAGUGAAUGGAGACCAGAUAUAGUGAAUGCAGGGGAUAGCCAUGGGGAGACCAGAUAUAGUGAAUGCAGGGCCUUG